GAGUUAGGUGGUUGUGUUUGGAAUAAAUGAUAAGAACAAAUUGAGGACGCGUUCUAACGUUUCAAGAAUGAGCGAACUAUCGCUUUAAAGGCAGUCACGUGCUUUUGUGAACGCUUCUUCUUCCGGGUUUGAUGUUUUGGUUCACUCUAUAGGCAUCAGAGAGGGGAGAAUAAAAUAAAGAAUAAAAUAAAAGAAGUUGUCUGUCUGUAGGUUUUGAGCUGUACUAGGUUUACGUGGGGGAUUUAAUCAUGGCUGCAGUUGACAGUUUUCCACUGCUGUUUAGAGAAAUCACCAGAUCCUGCAGUUGUUAUGUAGAAACGCUUGCAUUAGUGGGUGCACUCUAUACUGCAAGUAAAGCUGUUACACUAAUGAGGGACUGCUAUAGUCUGAUAAGGCUUCACUUCAUCCCCCGUCUUGUUCACCCUAGAGAUCUUGCGCACAGAUAUGGAAAAUGGGCUGUCAUUAGUGGUGCAUCAGAGGCGAUAGCUAAAGCAUACGCCGAGGAACUGGCCAGGCAUGGUGUAUGUGUCAUCCUCAUUACCACUGACACUACCGAUCUAAAUGACACCGCCAAGACCAUCUCUGACAUGCAUGGAGUCGAGACUGUCCUAGUGGAGGCAGAUUUCAGCCACGGUGCCUUGACCUGCAACCCCAUUAAAGAUGCGAUCAAGGACAAAGACGUCGGAUUUGUCAUAAACUGCCUGAAUUCGUCUCUGGACAUCCCCCGAGACUUCCACGAUAUAUCUGAGUGCGAGCUGUGGCAGAUUAUAAACAACAGCGUAUCUGCAGCCUCGCUGAUCACCCGCCUGGCUCUGCCUGGGAUGGCUGAGAGGCGAAGAGGUGUAGUUGUUAAUAUUUCAUCAGGAGGAUGCUCCAGGCCCUGUGCACGGAAGGCUCCACUCUCUGCGUCCACGGCUUUCUUUGACCAUUUCAGUCGUGCCCUGCAUUAUGAAUACGGCCACCGUGGAGUGUUUGUGCAGAGUUUGUUUCCCGGCAAAGUGGCCUCUGAGGAAGAUGAUGGUAGUUGGUUGGUUCCACAGCCUCAUGUUUAUGCUAGACAUGCUCUGUCUACUCUAGGCAUCUCGCACAGAACUACAGGAUACUGGCCUCACACACUACAGCUUGGACUUAUGCGGUGUGUGCCAGAGUGGAUCUGGGUGAUGGGAGCGCGUGUCAUGUGUAGGACGACCUAAAAGCUCAGACUUUCACUAGGAUAAGCAGUGUAUAAUAUCAUGUUGCAGUGUUUAACAGCGUAGAAAUACAGGAAUGUGACUAUUUUACAUUGUCUAUACGUGCAGUACACUUCUACAUUUCUUGUGUUGCCAAACAUAUUGUGAAGAAAUACCGUAUGAUGACUAUCCAUGAUCACUUUCAGCUUGCUUAGUGAUAAUGUUGUUGUGUUAUAAACAACUUCAAGAGUGACUAAUAUUCUAUAUACAUCAGUGGUGUUUUGUGUGUACUGGUUAUAUAAAAUGGUGAUGUAUUUAUUUUUGCUAGAGCUUACAUUUUUCAUGCUCUCGAUUUGACAGUGCAGGUUUGACUCCCAAUUCCCAAUAAAGUACAACUAAACUAUGUAUCCCGAUGUAUUAAUCUUUUUAGUAAGUCAUAUUACAGAUACUUUAUGCUACAUCAAGACUAAAACACUCUACCAUGCUGUUACAGGACAAUGCUGUCACCGCCCCCAGUUGAUCGUUUUCCUAUGACCUCACAUACUGAAGUGUUUUAUUCCCAGCAUUGGGGAGUUACGGGAUACAUGUAACUGUGUUACGUAAUCAGGAUAUAAAAAAAAACUGGUAACUGUAGUCCGUUAUAGUUACAUCAAAAAACAAAGUAAUCUGAUUACAGGUACAUUUAAAAAAAAAAAAAUGGGAAUACUAUCAGGAUUACAAUUUAUUUUCAUUUAAAACCAAAGAAACGAGUCUUCGUGACAUAACACGAUGUAGACCGCUGCUUGAUUAUAGUUCUGGUUCUCUCUUGCUAGUCGUGACUCACACGAGCAAACUCCCGGUACGUUAAUACGAGUUAAUUUGGUAGAAAUGAACACAAAUUGUUCUCUGAAAUGCUUUUGUGAUAUAAUGUUACCCGCAUCGGGGACAAUGAGCUUUUAUUUAUUUAUUGACUUACUUACGUACUUAUUUAUUUUAUUAAUUAAAACAAAUCCAAACAUUAAACAUGUUUUUAAGCUCUAAAACAAACUCUGAAUAAAAGU